AUGAAUACUGGAAAACUAUUAUUAAAAAAUUUUUUAAAAUUAAAUAUAAGAAAUUUUAGUAAUGAAAAUAAAACCGUUUAUUUAACACAUGUCAAGUGGAUUACAGGAAAAGGACAAAUAGAAAAAUAUUUUAGUAGAUUUGGAAAGAUUAAAGAUGUAUCAUUGUUUUUCGAUCCAGAAACAGGUCUUCAUCGAGGUUAUGCUUCGAUAGAAUUUCAAACACCUGAAAGUGCAUUAAAAACCAUUGAAAAAGGACCUCAUGUUAUUGAUGGAGAUUUGGUAAAUGUUGAACUUAAUGUACCUAAUUUUAAAGACUCUACAAAAUUUAAAACUGAAAAUAUGUGA